AUGUCUUUGCCCCUAUAUUUUAUUUCAUGGAAUUGCAGAGGAGGUUUAUUCAACAGUAGGAAGCAGAAAUUUAUUCGUCAGAUGGUUUCUACACAUGAUUUAUUAUUUAUCGGUCUUGUGGAGUCCAAAAGAGAAAUUGUUGAUAAUUUUCUCAUUAACAAUUUAUGGCCUAAUUUGGACUUUGGCUUCGAUUGGAUUCCUUCUACUGGUGCUUCAGGCGGUUUAGUCUUUAUAUGGAACUCUAUCCUGAUUAGGAAUGUCACGAUUACUAAGGGUUCUAGAUGGAUUGCUUUUGACUUUGUCUUUGAUAAUAUCCGUUAUCGUCAUAUUCUGGUUUAUGCUAGUAAUGUUACUUCUGAAAGAUUAUUGUUAUGGCAGGAGCUUUCUCACCUUAUGGGCUUCAUAGGUACUAUUUUUAUCAGUGGAGACUUUAAUGAGACUCUUUCUCCUGAGGAUAGGUGGAACAGCACAGUGUUUUCUCCUUCGAUUGAAGGCUUUUUACUUGGCAAAAUUCACUCUCGAAGUCACCAUGAGGAGUUCAGCAAUUUUGUUACUGAGAGUUGGGGUCUAGUUUGCUUAAAUUCUCAAAAUCUCAUUCGGAGGUUAAGAGAACUUCGGCAAGCCAUUAAAAAAUGGAACUCUGAGGUUUUUGGUGACCAUAACAAGCGUAUUAAGGAGCUUAAUCAAGAGAUUCUUGUUAAGGAAAUUGCUGCAGAAUCUGGGUUACUCACUGAGGCUGAAAAAGACGAUCUUAGCAAGCUCAAAUCUGAUUUAUGGACUGCAGAGAAAAGAGUUGACUCUCUUUGGGUUCAGAAGUCCAGGGAGAAAUGGAAUGUUGAGGGAGACAGAAAUACUAAGUUUUUUCAUAGUGUGGCUUCUACGCAUUAUAGAAAUAACCACAUUUCUUCUAUUCAAGUGGAAGACAAUAUCUUCAUAGAACCGAAGGAUAUCAGAUUUCACAUCAGGGAUUUCUUUAGUUCUCUCUUCAGCAAGAGUGACAGAGUCGUGUAUGACUUAUCGGGGUUGAAUUUCUCAAAAAUCACGGGUCCUCAGGCUGACCUUCUGACUAGACCGUUCAUGGAGAGUGAGAUUUUUGGUGCUCUAUGUUCUUGUGGAGAAAAAAGGCGACAGGGCCUGAUGGGUUCAACUUCUAUUUUUAUCGGAGAGCUUGGCCUAUUAUGA